CCGAUUGGCUCCUCGGCUGCGGAGCGAGGGGCGGGGCCGGAGGGACCUUUUGUUGGCGAGGCGGCGGGCGCGAGCUGCCGGGCGGGGCCAUGUCGUACAUCCCGGGGCAGCCGGUCACCGCCGUGGUGCAAAGAGUUGAAAUCCAUAAACUCCGUCAAGGUGAAAAUCUGAUUCUUGGAUUCAGUAUUGGAGGUGGAAUUGAUCAGGACCCUGCUCAGAAUCCUUUCUCUGAAGAUAAAACUGACAAGGGCAUCUAUGUAACAAGGGUGACAGAAGGAGGCCCAGCAGAAGUUGCCGGACUCCAGGUUGGAGACAAGAUAAUGCAGGUGAACGGGUGGGACAUGACAAUGGUAACUCAUGACCAAGCGAGGAAGAGACUGACAAAGAGGAAUGAAGAAGUGGUACGGCUCCUGGUGACCAGACACUCCCUGCAGAAGGCUGUUCAGCAGUCCAUGAUGUCCUAAUUAUGCAAUGGGCUUGGGGGAGGGGGGCAGAGGGAGGGAUGGAUCUAUAGAGUGACACUCCUUUUUUCUAAGGAAGCAAAUACUAGACCUGAGUUGUUUGCAAACACUAGUGCUGCCCAACAAGGUAAAUAUGCACCAUUUUUACUCUAAACUGAGAAUAGUAAAUUCUAGCCAUUUCAGAAGCAAGUUUCUCUUUCAGAAAGGCUUCCAGUAGCAUAUGCUGCAUAAAACAGCACCUUACCCUACUGUGUAUGCAAAGCUGUAACACUACAGCGGCAGGGGAAGUUAGCAGUUAACAUGCAAAACACUAAAUACUUCUCUUAGGGAAGAAACUGUGGAAAAUGCAGUUAACUUAGUGGGAGAUGAUUCUCCUAUAGUGCAAGAGUUCCCCAUUGCUUAGCAUUUAAAGCUCUGUUAGCUGCUUCUGCAAAGGAGUGAAUGAUUAACAGUGGGGAGAGGAGGUAAUGUUUUUACUGUAAGUUUUCAAAAUCUAAUGUUAAGGGUUAGAUUGUUCCUUGCUAGUUCAGGCUCAGGUUUUUGAGAUGCUACAUUUAAGUAAAAGUUUGUAGAAAGUCCAAUAAGGACAUCUCUACACUACUCUUAGCAUCAAGUGCUACCAGAAGUUAAGCAGAAUAUCUUGCAGUGCUUGAGGGAUAGUCUGUCCUGAAGAGUUCACUGCAAGAUUUUAGUCUGCUUCACCAAGCAGCUCAUCAUAAAAGGGACACAAGUUUGAACUAGCAGUUGGUGCAGAAACAGAUUAUAAUGGAAGCUGUGUGGGAUUCAGUAACAAAUUCCAAGACUUUAUAAAGCAAUCAUAAUUUUGUCUUCUAUAGAGGUACUUUGCAACUGUAAAGUACUUGGGAAAUUAGCUUUAACAUGCCAUAAUUAUUGCAACUCUAGGGCUUAUGUUUUUUUUAACAAAAAUAAUAAUUGGGAAAGAGAUGGAAACUUUUGUCAUUGCUGACCAUACAGGAGACAUUUACAAAGUUCCACUUCCUCAUUCCACAUUUAGCAGAGAGAAUCUUCGAAUAGAAGGGGCAGCUGGUCUGUUUUGUAGUGGGAGACUUAUUUAAAUCUUGUAUUAAGUAGAAAUGUGCAAACAAGCUUGCAAACAUCUAUUGUACCAAAAUUCCUAUCCUUGCACCUGUGGUAGGCAAAUAUACACUACAGAAAUCCUUCACAAAGGCCAAACUAUGGAGUUGUAGGAGCUUUUGCAGAAGAGAUUCCUACAAAUCCUUAAAGGGUUUUAUACUCUUCAGUGAAACUCAUUUACACUUUAAGGCAUUAUACAGGCUAGCUUUAAUUACAGUUAUUCAAAAAAAUUGCUUCAUUGUCCAGAACUAGUUUUAAUGACACUGUAUAUGACCUCUUUACUUCAGCUGUCUUCAGAGCAGUUAAAAAUUUUUUUAACUAGAACACUGAAGAGGUUGUAGACUAACUUAUUACUGCAGUGCUAUUUAGGUUCUGACUUGAAUGAAUUUUAUAAACUUGAUAAAUGCAUCUCAAAGAAUGUUCCACUCUAUCUCGACAUACCAGCAGAUGCCUCUUUUUAUACUUUACCUUAUUCAGUAAUACUAAAAAAUCCAAAAGGAAUUUUGGACAUUUAAAUUACAAAUCCUGUGGUAGUAAAUAGCUUUACAGAUAGGCCUUAUUUUUGUUUACUGUAGAAAAAAGUACACUGCUAUUUGUACUGUGGUCUUGAUUUUACACAAUAAAAUGAAUUUAAGAAACUGUCU